UAAUCACACGCUCGAUGCUAGUUUAUACAUCUGCUUUGAGCGGUGCGUCCAAAAAAGACGCGCACAGCCAAAAGAAACAAAAAACCAACAACGCACCACCGGCUCUGUUGCUCCUUUGUCGCCAGUGGAUCUAAAACUCUGCCGCGCCACCAGCAGUCACAGAUUAAAAAGAAAGAAAGGAGAUAUUUUUCAUAUACUCCAGGAAAGGUUUUAAUUCCAACCACACUCGUCUGUGACUGAGAAAUGAAUCAUAAAGCCCUUUUACUGUGGAUUUUCCUACAGUGUGCCGCUGCGCUCUUCUCGUCCGCUCUCGGGGAAAACGCCGUUCUUAAAGGUGAGGACAGCGGGCUGGAUGAGCUGUCAACGGACGGCAGGGCUCUCGAUGGCACCGUCAAGUACAACAUGAGGAAGAGUUUGGACCUGGAGCAUGAGGGCUGCUACCUGCAGGCCGGCAAGAAGGACUGUCUCCAGGAGUGUGGCUUCAACGCUACGGCCAAGACCAUCUUCAUCAUCCACGGCUGGACGAUGAGUGGGAUGUUCGAAAGCUGGAUGCACAAGCUGGUCGCUGCCGUGAUGCGGCGUGAAACGGAGGCCAAUGUGGUCAUCGUCGAUUGGAUAGCGAUGGCCCAGCAGCUGUACCCAGACGCGGUCAACCACACCCAAAACGUCGGCCUGGAUAUUGCCGCCAUGAUCAACUGGCUUCAGGACGAGCAGCAGCUACCUCUGGAGAAAGUGCACCUGAUUGGCUACAGCUUGGGCGCUCACGUCGCCGGCUACGCAGGAAUGUAUGUACGCGGGACCAUCGGCAGAAUCACCGGUCUGGACCCUGCGGGGCCGAUGUUUGAGGGUGUAGAGGAGCAGAAGCGCCUCUCCCCAGAUGACGCCGACUUUGUGGACGUACUGCACACGUACACUCGAGAGGCUCUGGGGGUCAGUAUUGGCAUCCAGCAGCCAAUUGGGGACAUUGACAUCUACCCCAACGGUGGUGACGUGCAGCCCGGCUGUGCACUGGGUGAUGUGCUGGCAGUGGCUGGAAAUUUUAUGGAGGUGAUGAAGUGCGAGCAUGAGCGUGCCGUGCACUUGUUUGUGGACUCCCUGAUGAACAAGGACCACAUGAGCUUUGCCUUCCAGUGCACCGGCCCCGAUCGCUUCAAGAAGGGCAUCUGCCUCAGCUGCCGCAAAAAUCGCUGCAACAACAUCGGCUACAACACCAGGAAGAUGCGCAAGAGACGCAACAGUAAAAUGUAUCUGAAGACACGUGCCGACACUCCCUUCGGAGGUUACCACUACCAGAUGAAGAUGCAUGUGUUCAACAGGAAACAGGCAGACCAUGCAGAUCCCACCUUCCACGUCAAGCUGUACGGAGCCCAUAACGACACGGCAAACAUAUUUGUUGAUGUCCAUGAUGGAGCUGUCGGUCUGAACCUGACCAACACCUUCUUGGUGUUUACCGAGGAUGAAAUCGGUGACCUGCUUAAGAUCCAGCUGAGCUGGGAAGGAGAUUCUGAAUCCUGGAACUCGGUCUGGAAGAACAUCAAGAAGACGUUCUGGUCCUGGAAUACCAAGCCUCUCAAACCUGUGCUGGAAGUCCGGCGGAUUCGUGUGAAAGCCGGAGAAACGCAGAAGAAGUUUACGUUCUGUGCCCAAGACCCUGGAAAAACCGAGAUUUCACCAGGGGAAUCAAUAACUUUCGUGAAAUGUCGUGACGGUUGGGAAGUGAAACCAAGAAAAAGGCUGCCCAUGUAAUGGCAAAAACAACUCGGCACUUCCACCAACCAAUGCACCAUCACCAUGGGGGACCCUAUAUGGAUCAGCGAGAAGCACCGCCUUCUCUUUAUUUGAGCACUUUUCGUAGGAGGAUUGAUCAGCACGCGGUGCGAGGGGUUUGUCUGGACUCUUAACUGCACCAGCAAUGUUUCCAUCGGUUUCUGGAAACGAGGACUCUGGGGUUCAGCCUACAAGACAGCUGGAAGAUGACGCACGGGCUGGAGGCGUGGGGCAGUCCUUACUGUGCUGAGAUCGCCCGAGGAGUUACAGAACGUUCCUUUGUGUGGACUAGUGAUGUAGAACACAGAUCUGUGCCAGUGGACGUACACCAGCAAUUGUAGUCACUGUACUGUACAUUUUUAAAUAUUAUUUUAUUUAUGAAACAAAAAGAAUGGAAGCACUGCAAGACCAACGUUAUUUAUCAGAUCACAUCCCGUGAUCAAGCAUAUGUUGAAUGCAUUUCUCUUAGGUGCAGUAUUUGUGUGUGUGUGUGUGUGUGUGUGUGUGUGUGUGUUU